UGAGAAGAAGCUGUUGACCUGCAGUACUGCAACUGACCGUCUAGAGGCGCUUCCAAUUGACCUUUACGGAACAAAAAUGGCAGCGUGCAUGUGUAGAAAUGGUCUAUCAAACUCAAAGGGUAUUUUCGACAGGGGGAAACACUGUCUGGGAUCGAAAUUGUUACUAAGAUCAUUAACAGUGACAUCAUCACCUCAAAAAGUAUUUCACAGACUGACUUUUCAACAGCAACAGCCUGUAACAUCAGCUGCAGUGUCCGGGUCAACAUCUCUACAGGCCUUAACAAGAGUUCACACAAAAACUCUCCACACCAGUUCUACCUAUCAUGGAAUAGAAGAGUUCUUUGACGAUCCCAAAAAUUGGGGCGAGAAAAAUGUGAAACAUGGUGAUGCCUGGACCCUGGAUCAACUCCGACAGAAAAGUAACGUGGACCUGUGGAAGUUGUGGUACGUGUUACUGAAGGAGAGGAACAUGCUGCUGACUCUGGAGCAGGAGGCCAUCAGACAGGUGGAGAGGAUGCCCAGUGAAGAGCGACUAGAGAAGGUGACAGAGUCCAUGGACAACCUGAUUGAAGUGUUGUUGGAGCGAGAAAAAGCCCUGCGCCUGCUGAAAACUGGGAGGGAGGAGGAGGUUCCUGGGAAAUUCCUCUUCAACGUCUUUGGGCAGAAGUACUACCGGCGCUUCAAACCCUACCCCAUGCCUGUGAUGAUGAACACAUCCUUCAACAAGAAAUACUGGACCUUCCCCACUUUUGUGGAGUAUUACAUCAGAUUGCGAGAAGAGAAAUAUGAGAAGAGGAAGUUUGCCCAGGCCCACGUGGAGCGGCGCUGGUGGGCCAAGAUGGUGGAGAAGUUCCCCAACCUGAAGGACCAGAAGACGCCUUGGGAGGAACGGGAGGAGAAAAAACAACGAGACAAGGAGCAGAGACUACGAGAGAUCAAGGAGAGGGACUAUUAGGCUGUACUUUUGUCCCACAAGUUCUUUAAGUGUUAACAACAUAGAGAAGGUCUAGGCUAGAUCGAGCUCCUUAGUUUGUACAUGUACUGGUAUGUUCUACCAGGUACCUUGGAUUUGGCUGGAUAAACAUGGAGGGACGUGACCAUGUCAGUCUCCAUCUGUAGAAUAACUACUCUCUGCAGAAAUGUGACAAAUACUGGUGUCUAUCCUAAACAUGUCUGUGUACAGUAAGUGUCUUACUCUUUCAUUGGAUGCGUGGGGUAUGAAUUGGAAGAGUCAGAUCUCAAAAGUAAGCAUACUUUAUUGCAUACAGUAUUUGCAUGAGAAAUUUGUAGAUCUUUGAGAUUUUCAGAGUUGAUAGAAACCGAUCUUAGUACACCUUCUAAAAUUAGAACAGUUUUGUCAAUAGCUAGAAGCAAAUCGGGGUAACCUUACUUUGCUGCCCACUAUUUCCUCUCAUGUCAAGCACCAGUAUCAAAGAUAUGACAAGUGUAGGUAACAAAGGCUUUAUCCAGAGUCAUAAUUUCUUGCGGAAUAAAAGAAACCCUCGUA